UAUUAUUUUAUUUUUAGAAAACUUUUUUUUGUUUUUCGAGUCAUGAAAUUGUACGCUGUUUGUGAUGGGCCCCCGAGCUUUGCCGUUCGAAUGCUCCUGAAAAAGCUGAAACUCGAGUACGAGUUGAUUGACGUGGAUUAUUGUGCGGGCGAGCACAUGACUGACGAUUAUGCGAAAAUGAAUCCGCAAAAAGAGAUUCCCGUGUUGGAUGAUGACGGCUUUUACUUGGGCGAAAGUAACGCAAUUUUGCAGUAUUUGAUGGACAAGUAUGCGCCCGAAAGUGACAUGUAUCCGAAAGAACCGUUGGCACGUGCGUUGGUGAAUCAUCGAUUGUGCUUCAAUUUGUCGUUUUUCUAUCCGAGCAUCUUUCAGUAUGUUAUCUUACCGAUGUUCUUCGCCUACGAUCGUUCCGAAUACCGCCUGAGUCGAGUUCACAUCUCCUUAACAGCCUUUGAGACCUACUUAAAAUCCUCCGGCACCAAAUACGCCGCUGCCAAUCAUCUAACCAUCGCAGAUUUCCCGUUAGUUGCCUCCGUCAUGUGCUUAGAAGCGAUCAAAUUCAACUUUUCCGACGAAUAUCCCCAUAUUGCUCGCUGGUAUGCCAACUUCAAAGCCGAAAAUCCCGAAAUCUGGCAGGAAGCUGAACUCGGAAUGCGAAUGACGGAAUAUUACGAGAAAAAUAAUCCAGAUGUCUCGCACUUGAAUCAUCCGUUGUACCCGAAAAAGAGCUUGAUUGAACACGAAACGAUUUUUAAAUAAAUUUUUUUGCUUGAAAUUCUCUUCGGUGUUCAUGCGACAAGUUUCUCUCUUGAUUUUUUUACUCGAGUUAUGAUGCAAAAUGUUUAUUUUAAGUCA